CGCGGCACGUGCCCGGGACCCGUCUGCUCCGCUGAAUCCGCGCACGUACCGCUUCGAGGCUGCCCGCGCGGGGCGGAUCCCAGCCGGUGGUUUCGGCCGCGGGCGCCAACCUCGGGUAACCGCGCCUCCCGACGCCCCCUCCCCCCGCCCCCGACGCCGCGCUAUAUGUGGCGGGUCGCGGCCGGCGGGCCAUGGAGCACGCCUGCCGUUCCCCACAAUGGAACCGGCCGAGCGGUUCUUGCUGGACGCGCUCGCCUACCUGGAGGGCGCUCUGGCCUUCCUGUGCUACGUGAUACUGAAGCUGGUGGGCUCGCCCUACGGGCGCUACGCAUCGCCGCGCUCCGCCUUUCGGCUGCCCGCGCGGGCGGCCUGGGCAGUGCAGGAGCUACCCUCGUUGGCCCUGCCGAUCCUCGCGUGCGCCGGCGCGCCGGCCGAGCGCCUCAGCCGCUGGCCCAACUGCAUCCUCCUGGCCAUGUUCCUCAUCCACUACGCGCAAAGGGCUUUGGUCUUCCCAUUUCUGAUCCGAGGAGGAAAGCCCAUGCCGCUGUACCCUUUUAUACUGGCCUUCCUGUUCUGCACCUACAACGGCUACUUACAGAGCAGGUACUUGAGCCAGUACGCCGUGUAUGCCGACGACUGGGUCACUGACCCCCGAUUUCUAGCAGGUUUCGCCUUGUGGUUCAUAGGCAUGCUGAUAAACAUCCAUUCCGAUCAUGUCCUCAGGAACCUCAGGAAACCAGGGGAGACUGGAUAUAAAAUACCGAGGGGGGGCUUGUUUGAGUAUGUCACCGCGGCCAACUACCUCGGGGAGGUCGUGGAGUGGUGCGGCUACGCCCUGGCCAGCUGGUCCAUCCAGGGCUCGGCGUUCGCCCUCUUCACCUUCUGCGUCCUGUGCACCAGGGCUCAGCAACAUCACCAGUGGUACCACGAGAAAUUUGAAGAUUAUCCAAAAUUCCGAAAAAUCAUGAUUCCGUUUUUGUUUUAGGUUCCUUGUCAAUGCACUUACCUUCCACUUAAAGCUUUUCAGUGCUAUUUCUCUAGGGAUUAUAUACAUGAAUUUUUAUCUCUGUAAUUUUCCUGCCACUUCAUCUCUUUAAAGAUUUGCAGUAGGGUUUUGGCCCCAACACAUAACUCUUUAAUAACAGGUUAAUCAGACGAGGUUGAGCAGUGAUGCUGCGUCCCAGAGGCAGGAGUCUGGAACCCUGUCACUUCACUGAUCUUCCUUCCCCUUUGCAUUUGCUUCUGUGGACCAAAACGUUCCUCCGCCCCUUACACACCUCUACAGCAGUGGGUUUAAGGUCAAGGGCAGUGUUGCCCUUCUCCCCAUGGAGGCCUGUUCUGUCUUCAUGUCCCUCCCAUCCCGGCUGGUCGGAGGCCUGGUGACCCACAGUGAAUCCACUCCUCUCACUGGUGGGUGCUGGGCAGGCGGGGAGGUUGGGCCAAGAGAUAAGAGAAGCCUGGAAAGGCUGGUGCAAAGGCCUCUGGCACCUGCUCCAGCGGGCUCACCAGGUGGCUUCACUGGCAGCACAGGACACGGGGGGCAUUCUUAGGGAGCAGGGGAUGUCUUGGAGGCCUUCAGCUGGGACCGUGAAGGUGCCACGGGGCAGCCCUCCCAUCUCAGGUCACUUGCCGUGAGCCAUCAGGACUCUCGGGCCUGGGGUGGUCUUCCCCCCACUUUCUAGAAUUAGAAUUUUAAGGCACUUUUUUUUUUUUUUUUUUUUUUUUGGUCUUUUUAGGGCCACACCUGUGGUAUAUGGAGGUUCCCAGGCUAGGGGUCUAAUGGAAGCUGUAGCUUCUGGCCUGCGCCACAGCCACAGCAACACCAGAUCCAAGCCAUGUCUGCGACCUACAUCACAGCUCACAGUGAUGCCGGAUCCUUAACCCACUGAGCGAGGCUAAGAAUCGAACCUGCAUCCUCAUGGAUGCUAGUCAGAUUCAUUUCCACUGAGCCACAACAGGAACUCUGUUUUGGUUUUUGGUUUGGGGGUUUUUUGUUUUUGUUUUUGUUUUUGUUUUGGCUUAUUAGGGCCGCAUCUGCAGCAUAUGGAGGUGCCCAGGCUAGGGGUUGAUUUGGAGCUAUAGCUGCUGGCCUAUACCACAGCUCACGGCAAUGCCGGGUCUUUAACCCACUGAGCAAGCCAGGAAUCGAACCUGAAACCUCAUGGUUCCUGGUCGGAUUCAUUUCCGCUGAGCCACGACGGGAACUCCUCUUUUUUUUUUUUUUUUUUUUUUAAGUACCUCACAUGUUUCAAAACUAUAUCUUGAAACAGAAUUUCUUACUUCAGAUGCGCUUGAAAACUCCAGAGAUAAUAGCUGUAAUAAAGUGUACUGCUUAUUACCAGAUGUGUAAAAUAAAUCUCCCGCUGGAAGGCCGUUGAAUCUCUCAGCCCCUCUGUGGUCAGGACCCACUCCUCUCCUGGGAGAGCACUGCCUCUGUGGCCGCCCCCCUGCAGAGGCUGGACCUAAAGAUGCCGGGUGACACAGGCCUCCAGGACGUGCCUGAGGUUGUGUCCUGUAUGGUCUCUGACUGCAUCCCAGCACCCCGGCCCCCUGGGCACCCCAUCAGCUCCCUCCCCACUUCUCCUGGCUCAUCUUCCCCACCAGGGGCUCCCUCCCAGGAGUUUUCCUUUGGAAACUGUAUUCUUGGUGUUAGUAGUUUUUAGAGUCUCUUAGGGUUUUAGAGUUACAUAGAAAACUCUUCCUGAUGUGGUUGGGCUUCUUUUUAACUAAAAAUGGAAGGCUUAUGCAGGGAAAUUUUAUUAUCAAAUAAACUUUGGCCCUUUUUCUGACUGUAAUUACUGUGAACAAUAAAUAGUUAUGAUCUUCUCCAGAAAGCUCAAAAAUCUGAGUGAGUCAUGGAGCUCCCUAGUGGGUCUAGCGGUUAAAGAUCAGCCAUGAACCUUCAUCGCUGCUGUGGCUCAGGUUCAGCCCCUGGUUUGGGAACUUCUGCAUGCCACAGGGGGGAAAAAAAGUAAAUAAAAAAGUCUAUCAAGUUUAAUUCUCAAAAAAAAAAAAGUGGUGUAAAAAAAGCAUCUGAGCGAGUCCUGGCUGACUUGAGCCCCUGGGUUCUGGAGGGUGAACCUGGCCAGAGGGAGGCCUGUCUGAGAGCCAGGAGAGCUCGCUGUGAAUUUUCCUUCUGUUGCUGCUCCUUUGAGUGGCCCGUAUGUGCAGAAGCCCGGCUAACUCAGACGUGAUACUCAGCUCCUGCUUCGCCGGCCUCUGCCCUGGGUGGAUGAAAGACACAGGAAGAGAUGCUGGCCCUAUUCUCUCUUGUCUGGCCGUCUUUCUCUUACUAGUAACUAACCUAACCAGUUGUCGUGGGCCAUUGUGUUAAUUAUGGGAAUCAAGGAGAUUAAUAAACUUACUGUUAAAAAAAGUUCAA